GGGACAAUAGUGAAUGGUGCACACUUCCUUCGCCCGGCCACAGAAGACAAAAAAGAGUUGCUGGUGUAACAAUAGGAAGAAUAUAUUCCACUCCUCUCUUGUACACGCGGCUUAUGAGAUGAACGCUCGUCAAGAAGAACGUCCCCUUCAGCAGCAGGAGGAUCCACAGCCCCCCCACAUUAAAGAGGAAGAGGAGGAAGUGUGGAUCAGUCAGGAGGGAGAGUGUCCUGUAGGGCAGGAGGAGGCUGAUGUCAGCAAGUUUCCACUGACUGUUGUCUCUGUGAAGACUGAAGAGCAUGAAGACAAACCACCUGAGUCCUCACAGCUUCAUCACAGUCCAAACGUCUGUGAAGAACAUCUUCUCCCUGAGCAACAGACGUGGAGCUUCAGGAUGGAGCCACAGCCCUCCCACAUUAAAAAGGAAAAGAAACACCCACUGAUCCCCCAUUUUAAAGCGGAAGAGGAUGACCCACUGACCACUCACAUCAAAGAGGAAGAGGAGGACUCAUUGACCCCCAAUGUUAAAAAGGAAGAGGAGAAGCCACUAAUAACCCAUUUUAAAGAGGAAGAGGAGGACCUACUGACCCCUUACUUUAAAGAGGAAGAGGAGGACUCAUUGACCCCCAAUUUUAAAAAGGAAGAGGAGAAGCCACUAAUAACCCAUUUUAAAGAGGAAGAGGAGGACCUACUGACCCCUCACUUUAAAGAGGAAGAGGAGGACCAAGAGCCGCCGCACAUUAAAGAGGAAGAGGAGGAAGAGGGCAUCAGUCAGCCUAAAUGGUUGGAGGAGUUCCCAGUGACUGGUGUCCCUGUGAAGAGUGAAGAUGAUGAGGUGAAAGGUGAAAGUGAGGAGAGGGGAGGGGGGGAGCCUCCAAGCAGCAGCUCAACACAACACAUGACAACAGAAGCUGAUGGAGACCACUGUGGAGGAUCACAAGCAGACAAGCUCUUAGCUCCACUAUCAGAUAGUGAGGACACAACGUCACACUCUCCUGACACUGAUGAUGAAGACUCUAAAGAUGAUAAGACAUGUCACACUGACAACACUCACUUCACAUCUUCUCACUGUCACAAAACUUUUAAAUACCAUUGUCGUCUAAAAUCACACAUGAGAACACACACUGGAGAAAAACCUUUCUCUUGUUCAAUCUGUGGUAAAGGUUUUACACAAAGUAUCAAUUUGAAAGUACACAUGAGAACACACACUUGUGAAAAACGUUUUUCCUGUUCAACCUGUGGUAAAGGUUUUACACAAAGUCAGAGUUUGAAAAUACAUAUUAGAACACACACUAGAGAAAAACCUUUUUCUUGUUCACUCUGUAGUAAAGGUUUUACACAAAGUAUCAAUUUGAAGGUACACAUGAGAACACACACCAGUGAAAAACCUUUUUCCUGUUCAAUCUGUGGUAAAGGUUUUAGAGAAAGUCAACAUUUGAAAAGAAACAUGAGAACACACACUGGUGAAAAACCUUUUUCAUGUUCAAACUGCGGUAAACAUUUUACUCAGAGGCCAGAUUUAAAAGUACACAUGAGAACACACACUGGAGAAAAACCUUUUUCAUGUUCUAUCUGUGGUAAAGGUUUUACAAGAAGUCAACAUUUGAAAGUACACAUGAGAACACACACUGGAGAAAAACCUUUUUCAUGUUCAAUCUGCGGUAAAGAUUUUACUCGAAGGGAAAAUUUCAAAAAGCACAUGAGAAUACACACUGGAGAAAAACCUUUUCCUGUUCAAUCUGCAGUAAAUAUUUUGCGCAACGACACUAUUUGAAAGAACACGUGAGAACACACACUGGAGAAAAACCUUUUACAUGUUCAGUAUGUUGUAAAAGUUUUUUACAAAGUCAGCAUUUGAAAAGACACAUGAGAAGACACCCAGGAGAGAAAGUGUUGAGUUGCAGUGUGUGUGGUGAAAGAUUGUCUUCUAAGUACCAGUGUAAGAAACACAAGUGUGCUGGUGAGAACAGCAGCAGCAAAUGAAACUGCAGGAUUUGAAAUAAACUG